AUGUCUGCUGGACGAACCAUUAGCUCGGGCAGACUCAAUGUGCUCGUCUACUCCGACCAUGGAAGCACGGUAGAAUCAGUCCGGCACUGCCUCUACACACUGCGCCGCCUGCUUGCUCCCAACUAUGCCGUAAUCCCCAUCACAGCAGACAUGCUCAUCAAAGAACCCUGGCUCUCCACCUGCGCCAUGCUGGUCAUGCCCGGCGGUGCAGACCUGGGUUACUGCGUAUCUCUGAACGGGGCUGGAAACCGCAGAAUCACUCAAUUUGUGCAGAAUGGUGGUGCAUAUCUCGGUUUCUGUGCUGGCGGUUAUUAUGGGAGUCGGAGGUGUGAGUUUGAGGUUGGCGAUAAGAAGAUGCAGGUUAUUGGGGAGAGGGAAUUGGCCUUCUUCCCUGGGAUAUGUCGGGGGUCUGCAUUUGAAGGCUUUGUCUAUUCGAGUGAAGCUGGGGCGAGGGCGGUGGAGGUCAAGGUCUCGAAAUCUGCGUUAAGUAGCGAUGGAACGUUGCCGGAGACGUUUCAUAGUUAUUAUAAUGGCGGCGGCGUUUUUGUUGAUGCUGAAACUUAUGCGGAUGAAGGAGUCGAGAUUCUGGCUAGUUAUACGGAAGAACUUGCCGUUGACUCAGGCAAGGGCGCAGCGGCUGUGAUAUAUCGCAAAAUUGGUGAUGGAGCGGCUGUCCUUACAGGUCCUCAUCCAGAAUUUGCCGCCGUCAAUCUCAACAAAUCCGCCGGCAGCCCCGAGUACGCAGAACUCAUUGACCAACUAGCCACUGACGACACCGCCAGAACGGACUUUGUAAAAGCAUGUCUGACUAAACUUGGCCUGCAAGUCAGUCAGGAAACUACUACGGUACCGUCUCUCUCUUGCUUGCAUCUAUCCUCUGUCGAGCCUGAGUAUACUCAAGCUAUUGUGUCUUCGUUGGAAGAAAUAAUGACCAAAGAUGGGCGAAAAGAGAUCCUCAAAGACAACGUCGACACGUUCCAAGUCGAGAGAGCGCACGACAAGACGUACAAGAUGGAUGAUUUGAAGAAUGCGUUAGAGGAAGAAGUGGCGGAAGAAAAGGCGACUUCUAAUGACGGCAUCAUUGAUUAUAACGCGAUUGUGAAACGGUUGCUGAUACAUGACGAGCUGCCUUCGUCCAAACAGACCCCGUAUUUUAAUCAUCAUGCAUUCUAUUCUAAUCUUCGACACUACCAGUCGUUGUCAAAGGAGGCCGUUGUCGAUUUUGGACGGUCUAUCAUAUACGGUGAAGUCGUUACAAGUACUAGCUCUAUGUUGGAAAAAAACACACGCCUUCUUCGGCGACUACCCGCCGGAUUCACAAUGACGGCCACCGUGCAAGUGGCAGGAAGAGGCCGUGGGUCUAAUGUCUGGGUAUCACCAGCUGGAGCGCUCAUAUUCUCGACCGUUGUCCGGCAUCCAAUGGAAAAAAUGCAAUCGGCACCUAUAGUCUUUAUUCAAUAUCUUGCCGCUAUGGCUGUCGUCAAGGGAAUAAAAACAUACGACAAGGGAUACGAGCAGCUGCCAAUCAAGAUGAAAUGGCCAAAUGACGUUUAUGCCAUGGACCCCGCCGAACCCGACAAACAAAAAUAUACCAAAAUCUGCGGCAUCCUCGUCAACUCGCACUACUCCUCGGAAGAAUACGUCUCCGUCGUUGGCAUCGGCAUAAACGCAACCAACGCAGCACCAACAACAUCUUUAAAUGCUAUUGUCGAAAAAUUCGCAUCCCCCGCAACCAUCAAAUCGAGUCCCAUCAUUCUUGAGAAACUACUUGCGCGCAUUUUGACAGUCUUUGAAGAGUUAUACAUCCGUUUCCUGCGCACCGGAUUCGAUAAACAAUUCGAAGACAUGUAUUACGAGGACUGGCUGCAUAUGCAUCAAAUCGUGACCUUGGAAGAGCAAGGCGGCGUCAGGGCUAGGAUCAAGGGUAUAACGCGUGAUUUUGGAUUGCUUCUAGCGGAGGAAUUGGGCUGGGAGGACCGGCCGACGGGGCGCGUAUGGCAGUUGCAGAGUGAUAAUAACAGCUUUGAUUUUUUCAGGGGGUUGUUGAAGAGGAAGGUCUAA